UAGGCGUCAAGUAUUUGCUGUAAUAUGGCACGUGCAGCGACUGGUUUGAGAAGCCUAGCAACCCCGCGAAAGUUAAGAGAAAAAUGUCCGACUUCUGUUUACAAAUUUAGGGCCAGCAGGAAGCGAUUUCAUCCCCAUCAUUAAGAACAGUAUUGACAGGCCUAGGCCUACGAAAACAAUCAACAUCCCCAGUAAACAGCAAGGCUGCAAGAAUGCCCAGAAUUUUGAACGUUGCAGAGAAAAAUGACGCCGCAAAGUCUCUUGCCGAGAUUAUGUCAGGUGGCAGAUUUCGUAGGCAAGAAGGAUUUUCCAAGUACAACAAGAUCUAUGAAUUUGAGUGCAACAUCUUGAAUCAGCAGAGUUCCAUGAAGAUGACCUCUGUCUCGGGUCAUCUUCUCAAUUAUGCCUUUAAAUCUAUGUAUAAAAAUUGGAGGUCAUGUAACCCUGUUGUGCUAUUUGAUGCUGAUGUUGUCAAAGUAUGUCCAGAUAAUUUUAAGGAUAUUAAGAGGACAUUAGAAAGGGAAGCUAGACAAAGUGAUAUUCUUAUUAUCUGGACUGAUGGUGAUAGAGAAGGAGAAAACAUUGGCUAUGAAAUUAUAGAUACAUGUAAAGCAGUGAAAAGAAGUUUGAAAGUAUACAGGGCAAGAUUUUCUGAAAUAACUCCACAGUCAAUUGCAAGAACUUGCCAGAACCUCUCAGAGCCUGAUUACUUGGUCUCUGCUGCUGUUGAUGUGCGACAACAAUUGGAUCUUCGAAUAGGAGCAGCAUUUACAAGAUUCCAGACAUUGCGUUUGAGGCAAGUUUUCCCGGAAAUUCUGGACGGUCAGUUGAUUAGCUUUGGCAGUUGUCAGUUUCCGACCUUGGGAUUUGUCGUUGAACGUUAUAAGCAAGUUGAAGCUUUCCAACCAGAAGCGUUUUAUAAGAUUAGAGUUAUGCAUCAGCGAGGUGAUGACACUGUUGAAUUUAACUGGAGGAGACACAGGCUUUUUGAUCGUUUGGCCUGCCAAGUUAUAUUGGAGGUUUGCAUUGAGAGUCCUUUAGCCAAAGUUGUGGAUGUGAGGAGCCGUGAUAAAAGCAAGUGGAGACCCCAACCAAUGGACACUGUGGAACUAGAAAAACUUUCUUCAAGAAAACUGAAGAUUAGUGCCAAAGAGACAAUGAAAAUUGCAGAGAAACUUUACACAAAAGGGUUCAUCAGCUACCCACGUACAGAAACCAACAUAUUUCCAAAGGAACUGGAUCUUUACCCACUGGUUCAGGAACAGACACAGGAUAGACAAUGGGGUGGUUUCGCUGCUGAACUCCUACAAAGAGGUAUAACACCAAGGAGGGGUAAGAAUACCGAUAAUGCCCAUCCCCCAAUCCACCCAACCAAAUAUACGGGGACGUUGCAAGGGAACGACCAGCGAAUCUACGAGCUCAUUUGCAGGCACUUCCUAGCAUGUUGUUCACAGGAUGCCCAAGGCAAAGAAACAACUGUAGAAAUUGAGAUUGCGCAGGAGAGCUUCUCAGCCCAGGGGUUGAUGAUCAUAGCACGCAAUUACCUGGAUGUAUACCCAUAUGAUAAGUGGAGUUCAAAGGUCAUCCCAGUCUACAACAUUGGCGAUACUUUCCAACCAACUGUAUUAGAGAUAAAUGAUGGAGAGACUUGUCCACCACCAUUACUCACAGAAGCUGAUCUUAUCACUCUUAUGGAUAAGCAUGGAAUUGGCACUGAUGCAACGCAUGCUGAGCAUAUUGAGACCAUCAAGUCCAGGAUGUAUGUAGGUGCAAGGCCUGAUGGUAAGCUGGUGCCAGGAGAGCUUGGAAUGGGCCUAGUGGAAGGGUAUGAUAACAUGGGAUAUGAGCUAUCCAAGCCAGACCUGAGAGCAGAAUUAGAAGCAGACUUGAAAAGGAUUUGUAAAGGAGAGAAAGAUGCUGACGUUGUCCUUAGAGAACAGGUGGAGAAAUAUAAACAGGUGUUUAUAGAAGCAGCUUCCAAAGCAGUAAAGUUGGAUGAAGCCCUUGGACAUUACUUCCAACAAGCCCCUCAGACCUUCACUGAUCAGGGUCCAGAUAUUCAACCGGAGGCCUUGCUACCAGUUAGAAAGUGCCCACAGUGUGGGGAACACAUGAUCAUCAAGACCAGAAAGGAUGGCGGGUACAUGCUGAGUUGUACAGGUUACCCAGACUGCAAAGCUGUUGUGUUCUUGCCCGCCUCGGUGUUGUCUGUGGAAUUGCAAGAUGAAGAUUGUACAAGGUGUCGUCCUGAUCCAGUGAAGUUAAUUAAGUUUGAAUUCAGGCGUGGAUCUGUACCGCCUUCAAUGUCGAUGGAGUAUGUGAGUUGCCUAGGCGGAUGUGACCAGGAUCUUGUGGAAGCUCUUAAUCUGAACAUGUCAUACAUAAAACAAGCCUUCAUACCUACAGGUGUUGCAACAGUUGCACGUUUGCCUGCUCGAGGUGGUACAACCACGACUCGUUUACCUGUACGCGGUGCUGCAACUGGCCGUAGAGGGCGUGGUAGUAAUAAUAAUAAUUCUACAUUUGGGAAUGAUAGUGGUAUCUCAUCUUGGAGUUCUAAUAACAGUGGUCAAAGGAGCAUCUCUUCAUUUUCUGGAUUUGCUUCAGCAGUUCCAGCAUCAUUCUCGUCCUCAUCAUCGUUUUCAUCUAGGCAGCCUCUUGUGCCGAUACCCAGUCAGAAUGAAGAGAGUGGAGGAAACCAAGUAGUUUGUAACUGUGGCAACAAUGCCAUAAUCCUGACUGUCCGAAAAGCAGGCCCAAAUACUGGUAGAGAGUUUUAUAAGUGUCAGUCUGGGACUUGCGACUUCUUCUUGUGGGCUGAGACCAAUGGACAACCUUCGACCUCUGCAGGAAGUAGUUCUCAUUUAAGUACACAAAGCUUUGAUUCAGGUUUUGGUAACUCAUUCAACAGCAGUAGUUUUAAUCAAACACAUGGUAAUGAAAAUUCAAGUAUGAAUGUAUGGGGAGAGGUCGUCUGUAGGUGUAAUACCACAGCUAUCACGAGAACAGUGCAAAAAGAAGGUGCUAACCAGGGCCGACAAUUCUAUACCUGUUCAAAACCUAGGGACAGCCAAUGUGGUUUCUUCCAGUGGACGGACGAAAGUACUAACAGUGGUAGUAGAGGAGGGUCCUACCAUAGGGGUGCAGCAACAAGGGGACGAGGUCGGGGGUCAAACAGAGGUGGUAGGAGUAGUUCAAGCGGAUAUGGUAGCAGUAGUAGUGGUGAUGAUAGUCGUAAACGGAGAAAGGCAACAUGUAGCAUGUGCGGUGUUGAAG